UCAAUUACCACUUUGUUACCGAACAUUAUGGGUGUCUCAGAUUACUGGUUUGUGUGUUUGAUCGGAUCCUUACCUGGACCGCCCAGUGUAAACUUUGACGGAGCCAACCUCCAACUGUACCCUAUAAAUAAAAAUAAAUGUCACUAUAUCGACCCAGUGCGAGAUAUAUCGUUCCAAUUGUUUACCAGGCACAACCCUUUGAUGCCCAGCAACCUUCGUAUUGGAGAUGACGCAGCACUGGCGCAGUCUCAUUUUAACUUCUCCGAACCAACAGUGUUCUUCUUCCACGCAUUCUUCGAAUCUUCUCAGGCUAUUCCUGCUACAUAUAUUAGAACAGCGUACACUCAACGUGGUGAUCACAAUAUAAUCCUGCUGAAUGCUCCCCGUUUGGAAGCCGGCCCGUGGUACUUGACGGCAGCUCAAAACACUCGAAUCGUCGGUCAGUAUGCGGCCCGGUUUAUCGAUUAUCUUGUGUCGAGAGGACUCUAUCUGCCCAGUCUGCAUCUGACAGGGUUAAGUCUGGGAGCACAGAUGGCGGGAGUGUGCGGCCAGAAUGUUAAAAGCGGCAGGAUUAGGAGAAUUACAGGUCUGGAUCCUGCGGGCCCUUUAUUUAAUAAAUGGCCCAAGAGCCUGAAGCUGGACGCGAGCGAUGCCGAAUUUGUAGACAUUAUUCAUUCUGACGCCGGCAUUUUCGGAUAUCCUCGUCAAAUUGGCCAUGCAGACUUUUGGCCCAACAGGGGCAUCUCUCCGCAGCCCGGAUGCAACUUUAAAGAGAUUAAGAAAAGGAACCCGGAUGCCAUAGUCGAGCUACUUUUUUGUAGUCAUUGGAGAUCCUACCAGUUCUUCGCCGAAUCUGUCGUAAAUUCGGAUGCAUUUUACGGUGCUGUCAACUGUAAUAAAUGGGAAGAGUAUGAAGAAGGAAUAUGUAACGAUCAAAAUAGUUUUACAACGCGUAUGGGACUAUACGUAGAUGAAAGGGCAAGAGGUAAUUUCUACAUAACUACUAAUCCCGAAUCACCCUACUCAAAAACAUAACCGAAGAUAAACAUAACAGAAAAUUGGUCCAGUGUUUCCUACAGAUCUAUUUAGUCGAAAAUAUUUAGAUAUAUUUAUUUAGCUAGAUCAUAUUGUAAAUAUUCUCUUAUUAUAAAUUGUAAAAUAUUUUAUUUAAUUAAUGUUAAGUAAAGAUAAUAUUGUAAGUAUAGUGUACCAAUAUUUAUA